GGCAGGGACAGCACGGAUGGACAGACCACGGAGACACGGAGUAGCCGUCCACGGUCCACGCACGCCGCCACCGGCCCCCCUCCCCCGGCAUGAUGUCCUUUUCCGUCACUCCCCACGCCUCCUCCUACUUAAUCGCCACCUCGCCCGGUCUUAACCUUCGUCGUGCCCACCGGUAACCAACCGCUCAUUAAGAAAGCGAGGCUACUAAUCACGCUCGCGAGCCUGACCCCUGCUGAGCGCAGCUGACCGUGUUGCUCGGUGCAGAUGGAGGCGUCGUCGCCGGCGCCGUCGCCGGCGCCGUCGUCGCUUGGCGGCGCGCUGCGGCACAGGCUGCGCGCCACGGUGUUCUGCUGCUUCGGCACCGGCGGCGGCGGCGGCCUCGGCGAGCGGAUGCGGUGGCGCCGGCGCGCGGGCGUCGGGGAGUUCCGGUACGACCCGCUCAGCUACGCGCUCAACUUCGACGAAGGCGACCUUCUCGACGCCGACGACAGCGAGGACGAGGAAGCCCAUGUCGGGCGGGGCGACGGCCUGCUCUACCAGAGCUUCUCGUCGCGGCUGUCCACGCCGGCGGCGGUCAUCGACGUCGCCUAGCCGUAUAGCGCGUAGCGCCUGGCUCUGGCUGGGAUGGGAUCGAGGCCGCCAGCUGAGAUCGGAGAGGCUCGGAUCGAUGAGGUCACGGAUAUACCGUUAAUCAGUGUGCAGAUGCUUUGCGUUCGUCUAUCAGAUUUUGUUGUAUUUUGUACAUGCACGCGUUGCAGAAUCGAGAGUAGUAUAGAUGCUAUGCUAGGUUGUUGGUGAUAGAUCAUGAAUCGAUGUUGUUGGUGUUAGUGUGUAAAGAUUUAGCUAUCCAUAUGUGCUCGAUUAUUGAUUCGUACUUUCAGUUUUUUUCGGACGAAUUUCGCACGAAAAAUCCCCUUAAUUAUUUCAAUAUAUGUUUAUUUAUUUUCCUUG